AUGCUUCGAUCUGAACCAGAGGUGAUGAGCAAUUUUGCUUCCGACGCCAUCUCGAAGGGACGCGUGACGAUGAAACCCAAUCUCAGAGCUGGGUCCUUUCUCAAUGGCCGGAGCUCAGCAGCUGCUCAGCCUGCAGACCUCAAGUUCUACCAUUUCGAUUAUCUUGUCGAUUGUCCCAAGGCCAAGCAGGAGGGGCCGUUGCCCUCAAAGUCACGCAAAUCUAACAACCAGCGAAAGGCGGAGAGAUCACUGCAAGAGGACUCAGACUUCUUUGCAAACAUCAGGACAAGCGACAGGAUUCAGAUCGAAUCGAUACACCGAUCCCUCGAGACUCAGGUCAUGACAGGCCAGUAA